CAACACUGAAGAACACGUUGAGCGACGCGAUGAGCUGCUCAAUGUGCUCCUCCUGCUGUGGAAUGACCAGCGACUGGCUCUGCAGCUGAGUGAAGUCGAUGAGGUCGAUGGCGGGCGAGAUCGCUCGAUCAGUGUUCGGCGGUACUGCUGCUGUAAGCACGUUCCCAAGAUUGGCCCAUCGAUUCGCCUUCCUGGGACACUUGACGUUCAUCUUGAUGAUCAGGUUGUUCUGGGCGCGAAGGUACACGGAAAACUCGUACAGAAUAUUUACCCAGCUGCCUUCGAAGAUGCACUCGGCUGAUUUCUUGACCACAAUGUCGAUGUGAUGAGGAGGGCACCAGAAGCGGAUGGCGUCGUUCUCGGCCUCCCUCACAAUUAGCGUCACCAGGUCCCCGUGACGCCCAGUAAUUGUGUUCUCGCCGUCCGAUGAAAAGCCGAGCAGCUUGGCUCGCCAAUUGACGUACAGUUCGUCGAGGAAAUUGACGAUCAGGCGAAAAAAUUUCGCAGCAGUGUGGCGCUCAAACAUAGGGAUGGCGACCAGGUGCAGCUUGAUGAGGAAGCCGCGGUAGCAAACGCGGGUGCGCAGGUCAAAAAACGACUUACCGCGGUGAGUGCUACCGUCGCCAGCCCGAGAAAAGGCCCACACGGACGGAUCGUCGAUUAACUUGGCAAUCAUCUGUAGCCCGACGGCCACCAGGACACGGACAGACUUUGCAACAAUGAGGUCGGCCAUGCCCUGCACCUUCGGGGUGUUGGUGCGGACUCUGGCGUGUUGGACGGCAGCAGCUGCUUCACGGAACGAUAUGCCGGCACCGACGUAGUCCAUGGCGAGCUCGAAGCGCAUAUCGUUCUUGAUUGUCGCCGUGUACGUGUACGUCCCCAUGUCGAUGACCACUUUCUUGACGAACAACUUCAUUGCGUUGGCCUUCUCGUUGACCUUCUUGAUCACCAUCGUUGUCUUCGUCGUUGUCGUCGUCGCGAAAGAACAAGUCCGUGAAAAUCGUCUCAAUAAUGUUCUUCUCGAUCUCGUGUUCGAUCGACGAGGUCGACAGGUCCAUGUAGUUGUGGAGAGUGUUGGUGCGCUGGACCUGUUGAUACAAAUGCUUACCUUAGAGCAUCCCCACCCCUGACGCUAAACCCAAAACUCUAAAACCAGAUCUCAAGUGGGAUCACGCAAAAUAAUUUAGCGUUU